AAGAUGAACUUAAUGAUUUACUUGAUCCAUCUGUUGAUAACAUACCAGAAUAUUUUAAUGAGGAUGAAUAUCUAGAAACAGAUGAAGAAAAAGAACUUGAGGAAGUGAUGCUGUCUAACUGGAUGAUUCUAUUAGGAAUAAGACUAAAUACAACUUUGACUGUUCUUUUGGCCUAG